AUGGAAGUUGUAAGGACUGGCGUGACGGCCAUCAUCCAAAAUGCAGACGGGAAAUUCCUCGUCGGCAAGCGAAUCGGCAGCCAUGGCGCGGGUACCUGGCAGUUCCCUGGCGGCCAUCUAGAUAAGGGGGAGCGGAUUUUCGCUUGCGCUGCUCGGGAAACCCUAGAGGAGACGGGUUUGAAGAUCGUUUCAACAGAGAUCGUUAAAGUUACCGAGGAUAUAUUCGAGGAGGAGGAGGGGAUCAGGCACUACAUUACAGUCUUCACCAAGUGCCACAUGCUUGACCAGACCCAAGAGCCAAAGCUCUUGGAACCAAACAAGUGCCAGGGGUGGCACUGGAAGUCGUGGGAGGAGCUGAAGGAGAUUCACGAGAUCUGGAAAGCAUACUCUGAGGCUGACCCGAACUCUAAGCCUGACCCGAACUCUAGGCCUGACGCCUUGUUUUUGCCUCUGUUGCAUCUGGUGGAACAGGUCCCUGACAUCCACAAGCUGCUUGCUUGA